GCCCUGAGGUGGAGAAUGCCCAGAAACCGUGAAAAGAAAUAACGCCUCAGAGCCCCUCACCAUUACUCUGACCAGGGUUCGAAGGUCACACUUAGCGCCUGCAGCAGCCCCGUUCAAGCCCUAAGAAGAAAUGGAAAAGUGCAACGGAACAAGCAGCAGAAUGGCUGGCGCCACCUCAGGUUAGCGCACGGGGCCGUCCUGGUUCUGUCGCCGUUCAGUUCAGCCCAGUACACCCUACCCAGGUCCCUCGGCACGGAACCCGGCCUCACCUCCCGCCCCCGGAGCCCAAACCCCAGGGUGAAGCAUUGGCUCCUUCGGGGGUCUCCUUGGCGGACUGACUCGGGCAAGGAGCUCAACAGGCGAUAAGGACCAGGCUGGCUGGAGCGGAUGAGCUGACGUGAAGAUGAGCAGCUCAGAGGAGGUGUCCUGGAUUUCCUGGUUCUGUGGGCUUCGUGGCAAUGAAUUCUUUUGUGAAGUGGAUGAAGAUUAUAUCCAGGACAAAUUCAAUCUCACUGGACUCAAUGAGCAGGUGCCUCACUAUCGACAAGCUUUAGACAUGAUCUUGGACCUGGAGCCUGAUGAGGAGCUGGAAGACAACCCCAACCAGAGUGACCUGAUUGAGCAGGCAGCUGAAAUGCUCUAUGGAUUGAUCCACGCCCGCUAUAUCCUCACCAACCGUGGCAUCGCCCAGAUGUUGGAAAAGUACCAGCAGGGAGACUUUGGCUACUGUCCCCGUGUGUACUGUGAAAACCAGCCAAUGCUUCCCAUCGGCCUUUCGGACAUCCCAGGUGAGGCCAUGGUGAAGCUCUACUGCCCCAAGUGCAUGGACGUGUACACACCCAAGUCAUCGAGGCACCACCACACGGAUGGCGCCUACUUCGGCACCGGUUUCCCUCACAUGCUCUUCAUGGUGCACCCUGAGUACCGGCCCAAGAGGCCCGCCAACCAGUUUGUGCCCAGGCUCUACGGUUUCAAGAUCCAUCCGAUGGCCUACCAGCUGCAGCUCCAAGCGGCCAGCAACUUCAAGAGUCCAGUCAAGACGAUUCGCUGAUUCCCCACCCCACCUGUCCCCAGUCUUUGACACUUUCAUUCCUUUGCUGCCACCCUUUCAGGAACCCUCAAUGGUUUUUAGUUUAAAUUAAAGGAGUCAUUAUUGUGGUGGGAAUAUGAAAUAAAGUGGAAGAAAAGGC